AUUCAUGAGGUGGCUAGUGCAAGCAAGAGCAGCGUUACAUGGAGAACAGCGAGCUAAAGAUCCUACAAAAAGCGCAUGAAGAGUUUAACAGUAAGAAUUAUAAACGAGCAGAGGAAUUAUACACACAGUUCAUCGAGUCCUGUACCAAAUCCAGAGACUGUAAUGGUCAAGAUUUGGCCAUCGCCUAUAAUAAUCGAGGACAGGUGAAGUAUCUCCGGGUGGAUUUCUAUGAAGCCAUGGAUGAUUACACCUCUGCCAUUCACAUCAACAGACAGUUUGAAGUGCCACUUUAUAACAGAGGAUUGAUACGUUACAGAUUGGGCUUUUUCAAGGAGGCUGAAGGAGACUUUCGCAGAGUCCUGGAACUGAAUCCUGAUUUCAAAGAUGCUAAAGAAAGUUUGAAUCAGACACUUCUGGACAGAGAAGAAAAGGUGAAGAGAGGCUACUGAGAGCUUGUUUCUGAAUUUUGACUGUUGAUUGAACCUAUGCUAUGAUUGAACCAACUCUGUGAGCAUGUG